AUGACGAAUUUUAACAAUUCACUCCUAAGGUUUUGUUGCCUUCUUUCUUCUUCUUUGUAUGUGGUUCUAGAGGCCCGACAUUAUUCUUUCCCAACUGCAACGGCCAUAAUCAGCCCCUCAAACAGUACAACUAAGCUCGUCUUCCCUCUCAUCCACAGUUUACGCCCAUCUCACAAUAUUCCUAAUGCCAUCACCUCAAAUUUCCCAAAUCAGGCAAACUACGAAAUCGACGUCAGCCAGAUAAUCCCCGAUGAAGAAGGCAUGGGUUUCCUGGUAAACAUCUUGAUAGGCGAGCCCUCGGUUCCCGUACUCCUGUCCAUGGACACAGGGAGUUCCCUAACUUGGGUGCAGUGCCUCCGCUGCGCGGGUUGCACCCCUGCAGCCCCCAUCUACAACCCUGUGGUCUCUUCCACGUACAAACCCCUCUUGUGCCGCUCCAAAUCCCAAUGCCUCUACCACUCUGAGUUCUCCAACUGCCGGGGGGAUUACCGGUGCACAUACGAUGUGAAUUACAUGGAUGCCUCUGCCUCGAGCGGCGUGCUUGCCCUCGAGAAGUUCACGUUUGCGACAUCCACAGGGGCAGCAUCCGUAUUUUCGGACCUCGCAUUUGGGUACGGGCUGGAAAGCAGUGGAAACUUGAAUGGGGUUAAUGGGAUCCUCGGCCUCCAGGUCCUGAAUGAGGGCUCGCUCUUGCCCCGAGUGGGCAACAAGUUCUCGUACUGCCUUGGUAACAUUAGCGACCUCAAUUACCCACACAGCCGUCUGGUUUUGGGCUCGGGCAUCCAUGAUGGUUUCACGACCCCACUGAGUAUUUUGCAGGGACACUACGCGGUGAGCUUGAGGGGGAUCGGCGUGGGCGGGAAAAAUCUAAAUAUAUUCAAUGGACGAGGUUUUGACUACAAGAUGCUGGUUGACUCCGGCACCACGCUCACUUAUCUGGAGAGGGGCGUGUACGAGAAGGUGAGAGGAGAGGUUGGGGGCUUGUUGGACGAGAGGUUGAGACGUUUUGACACGGGGGGAGCAGACAUAUUGUGUUAUUGGGGUGAUCUGAGGCGGGAUCUCGAGGGGUUCCCGCUCAUUACUCUGGUGCUGGAGGAGGGGGUCCAGGUUUACCUUGGAACGGAGAGUGUUUUCCGGCGAGUGAAUGACACUGUGUUUUGCCUGGCCAUGGCGGUUACUACAUCGAGGUUUGGUAUAAUUGGGGCGUAUGCUCAGCAGUAUUAUAAUAUUGGGUUUGAUGUGGAUGCAAAGAGGAUUAGCUUCUUGAGCAUCGAGUGUAAACUGCUUGAUGACUGA